GGACACCCUGGAUGGGGUGCAAACCAAUCGCAAGGCACAGUCGUACACCCAUUCCCACCCUGCGGACAAUUUUGAAAUACCAGUCAGGCUACAAUGCAUGUCUUUGGAUUGGCGGAGGAAACUGGUGUACCCAGAGGAAAUCCCUGAAGCACGGGGAGAGCAUGCAAGCUCUGCGCACUUGGGGCAGAGGCGGCAUUCAAGCCCCCGACCCCGGAGGUGUAAGACAACCGUGCUAACCACUGAGCCACCGUGCCCACCCGCUUUAUUAGAAUGAUUAGCCUUAUUGUUUAUAUUGUAGUCGCCAGUGAUGAACGCUUAGAUGGCAGAAUACAUGCCUUAGUAUUAAUCAUUUGCUUGUGUUGUAUUUUUUUCUUUUUCUCAAAUUUGUUAUUACUUUUGCCAAAAUAGCGUCCAUUUUAUUCUUCCGAAUUGAGCGCGCGCCAUUUACGACUCUCUUUUAGCCCUCUGUAGUCGUAAAUAAACGUCCGCGAUACAUUACGUUUCCGUAAUUUUGAUACUUUCCUCAUUUAAACCCGGUCACAUCGUUUAUCAGUCGGGUUUGUAGGGGUGUGGCAAAGAAUGAGUGAACUUUUAGGGUUGCCAAAUAAUUGCAUGGAGCUUGUCAAAUAAACAUCUUGAAUACAGUUUGAGUUCUCAUCCAGCGUAUAAGUAGAGGUGCGUCUGGAGGGAUUAAAUGAACCCCACCUGGCAACCUGGAUAACUUCUGCCUCUAGUCAUAGAAUGAAAUCGCUCUACCUGGCUGCAUUUACGCAAACGCACCAAAGAAGCAGCACGCUUUCCCAUUUGGAAGCUUACUCUUCUUUUUUCCCCUCCAGCAUUUUAAUCACCACUAAAGGGAAACUCACAAUGACUGGCCAUAAAUGGGGUUACGGUGAAGAGGAUGGUCCAUCUGCAUGGCACAAAUCGUACCCCAUCGCUCAAGGUGCCCGCCAGUCCCCAAUUAACAUCGUACCUGAGGAGGCAGUUUAUGACAGCCGUCUGCCAGCCAUCUCACUCAGCUAUGACAACUGCACUUCUCUUACUAUAUCCAACAACGGGCACUCUGUGGUGGUGGAGUUUGAGGAUAUGGAUGAUAGAUCAGUGAUCCAAGGAGGCCCACUUGAAAAUGCAUACCGACUCAAACAGUUCCACUUCCACUGGGGAGGAAAAAACUGUGAUGGCUCUGAACACACUGUCCGUGGGAAGACCUACGUGUCUGAGCUACAUCUGGUGCAUUGGAAUGCUGUGCGCUAUCGUACAUUUGGUGAAGCUGCUGCAGCUCCUGAUGGCUUGGCUGUGCUGGGCAUCUUUAUGGAGAAAGGCGAUGAACACGCAGAUCUACACACUAUAACUGAUGCCUUGUACAUGGUCAAAUUCAAGGGAAGCAUCGCAAAUUUCAAAGGUUUCAACCCAAAGUGCCUCCUACCUCCUAGUCUAAGGUUUUGGACCUACCCCGGCUCUUUGACCACUCCUCCACUGUAUGAAAGUGUCAUAUGGAUUGUUCUGGCUGAACCUAUUAGAGUCUCGGAUAAGCAGAUGGGAAAGUUCAGGAUGUUACUCUUUAAUGCUGAAGAGGAGGAACAGACGAAACGCAUGGAGAACAACUUCCGCCCUCCACAGCCCCUGAAGGGCAGGACAGUCCGUGCCUCCUUUAAGUAGCCGACCAGUCACCAUACUAACACUGAAAUGUUUUAGCAUCAUCUUUCUGCAGCUUGGAAGUCUAGACACUGUUUUUCUUUAACUAAAGUCAGGUACAUUCUGAGACUCAGUAAUAAGAUGAACCCAACCCCAAUAAGCACUAUGAAAAGCAUUACUUGUUGUGUAGGUGUAUAUGUCGCAUUGUAGCCUGCCAAGAAACAUAAAUCAUGUCUUGAAAUUGAGGUGAUUAGAUCUGAGCUGAAGAUGCAAAAAUACUACCAUGUGUUAUGUUUCUUUUUUCCACUGUGGUUUUACUUUUCUAUCAAACAGAUGAAUCAUAAAACAGUAGAGGCAUGGAGUGCUUCCUAAAGCACACCAAGUGCCUGAGCUGUUUUACAGAUCUUCUAUAAUCCAUCAUGAUCCACUCUCAGGUGUGUGCAGUGACUCAGAGGUCACAUGACCUGGGACAAGCCUUCUGUUUUCCCACAUCAUUUGGUUAGUAACCAGCCUCUGGCAAACCACAUUUAAACUCUUCACCGCUUAUUUUCUGCGCAAAAUUUUGGAACUUAUUACGAAAUACUCCAGAGAUUUCGGGUGAUGUAAUCUAACAAAAUAUUCCAAUGCUUGUUACAGUAAAGCUAGUGAUGUUUUCACUGUACAGCGCUCGCUUUCUUCUUGCGAGUCUCGCUGCUGAUGGUUCGUAAUGUCCCAUAUUGACAUGGUUUUAACCCCACUGAUUAGCAAGGCAUAGCUAGUAAAAUUAGUAGAAUAUUUCUCAUCCAAAUAUUAGCUUUCUUUUAAAAGUGGCAUUAUUAAAAUUGUUGAUUCCAUCGGGUGUGUGAGGUCUUACUUCUCCAGAGCAUUAAAGCUUGACAGAAUUAGCAAGGCACUGUUUAUAGCAUGACAUUGGUCCACUGACACUGACAUUUAAAAAAAAAAUCAGCCUUUCCCCCUUGACAUAAUAACAAUUUAAAGUCUGUUUUGCAGGAGUGCUGGUAUUACUCAUGCUGCUAAUGUAUUUAUGUGUGGGGUUCUUUGAAAUGCAGACAAGCUAAUUAAUAUGGUUUAAAAUCUACAGAAACCUGGAAUGCCUUCAAAAGCGUUGAUUGAAUUUGCGUCAGUGAUGAACGCUGCUGCAGUUAUUUAACCCGUUCUUGACAAUGAUCUCUGGGGCUGCUUCAACAUGGUUACAGUUUAUACUGAAUUAGUGCUAUUAUAGCUUAUUGUAUGGUGUGUAAUUGAUGAUUAAAAAGUCACUCAAUUUCCUGAAUAGAGAAAGGCUUCAUUUUACCAAAGGAUAUGUGGGCAUUAUUAUAAGAGAGUUAUGGCAGCUUUGUGUUCUUUAUUUAGUUUUCUUAAGUUUUCUUAAUUUAGACAAACUUGCGGUCUUUAAUUUAGAAAGAAUAUGCUUACUUGCACCAGGCUUACAGGUUUAUAUAUAGUUUGUCAUGUAUUUGUGUAGUCAUAAUAUGGUUUACAAACAGCUAUCAAAUAAUUAAAAUGCCUCUUAGGAUUAGUAGAAUAUUUUGUGCUUGAAAUUGUCUAUUUGUUGUCAUUAUUUUUUUUAAUUCAAAAUAUAAGAAUAUCAUGGUUAUGUGAAUUACAAUAAAAUUAACAAAUUACAUUUUCACUGUUUUUUCCCCCCCUUCUUUUCUAUUUUACUCCUAAACCAUCAGUUGAUUAGGAGAGAUGCUUCUCUGACUUUAGUUACUUAUUCAUGUUAUGGUUAUCUAAGACGAGUGUUGAAGUUUCACUGAGGAUCUCCUUGGGUCCAGUUACCCAAAACCCUCGAACCUCGAUUACAUUUUCACAGUAAGAGACUGUUAAAGUAAUUGUGUUCAGGUUUUGUAGUAUGAUACUUUUGGGAAUCU